CUUUAAAUUAGAAUAUAAUAAUAACGUAAAGGCAAAAGUUUUUUCGGGCACGGUGCAAAUUUCGACGUCCACACACUGGUCGAGACGUCAUCACGCACGACUAUGUGUUGCUUUCAAGUACUCCUCAGUAGCCUAGCCGUGAACGCAACUUUCAACGACAAACCGAAAGACCGAGCGCUGUCACUGAAGUAGUUCUGUCCGGUUACUACUCAGCCACAGCACGAAUGGCGGCGCCGGGGUGCCUAACGGCCAAACAGUCAUGGCACCAAUUCGUCGGAGUUAGCAGCCGCGGUGACAAACGUCACAUCUCGGAGUAGCCCCCGGUUGUGGCGUAUUUACGGCUGGUCCGGUGUGCGCGAGGACGAGCCGUUCAGACCCAACGUAGUCAUUGUUUUAAACACGAGGCUUCAGUCAGGGGGGGGGGAAGCGUAAGGCGGAAAGACAUUGGAGCCGCCUUGACUCACUGUCCUGAGGAAAAAAAAAACAUGUUCCCAUGUGACUUUGCGUGGGGAGCGGGAACUGCUGCGUAUCAAAUAGAAGGUGGCUGGCAGGCAGACGGCAAGGGACCGAGUAUCUGGGACGCAUUUUGUCACGAGAAAGGCCGAGUGUUCAAAGAGCAAAAUGGAGAUGUGGCCUGUAAAAGCUACGAGCUGUGGGAGAAAGACCUGGAGUGUAUCCAGCAGCUUGGACUGACACACUAUCGCCUGUCUCUCUCCUGGGCCCGCCUCCUGCCUGAUGGGACCACACGGCAUGUCAAUCAAAAAGGUGUACAGUACUACAACAAGGUGAUUGAUGAUUUGCUGGCCUGUGAUGUAUCACCUAUGGUCACACUUUACCACUUUGACCUGCCUGAAGCUCUCCAACGCCAGGGAGGCUGGAAGUCACCAGGUAUAGCGACCCACUUCGACAGCUAUGCCAAGUUUUGUUUCCAAACAUUUGGGGACCGAGUCAAACUUUGGAUCACUAUCAACGAACCGCAGGUGUGCGCCAAACUGGGCCACGAAGAUGGCAUCCAUGCUCCGGGGUUAAAAGAACCGGGGAUUGCUGCCUACCUGGUCGGCCACAACAUGCUGCGUGCACACGCCAUGGCCUGGCAUAGCUACAACUCCUUCUACAGGCCAAAGCAGAAGGGUGCGGUGUCUAUGGCCAUCAACAGUGACUGGUUUGAACCAUUACACCCCGGUUGCAAGGAGGAUAUCGCAGCUACUGAACGUGACCUUGCAUUUACCCUAGGAUGGUUCGCCUGGCCUGUGUUUGUUACUGGAGAUUAUCCAGAAAUAAUGAGAUCUGCCAUCGACUCUCAAAGUAAGAAGUUGGGAUACAGUGGCAGCUCAAGACUGCCCAGGUUCACAAAGGAUGACCCUGCAAUUUUAGGCACAGCUGACUUCUUUGCAUUGAAUUACUAUACGUCCCGCAAAGUCAAGCCAGGAGGAGGCUGUGGACAGAUGAUGUGUAUGAAGAGCGACCGAGAUGCAGAAGAAGUUUUGGAUCCAUCCUGGUCCAUCUGUGGCGUGUCCUGGCUGGCUGUAGUGCCCCAUGGCUUAAGGAAACUUCUUAAGUACAUUAAGGACACUUUCCACAACCCGGCAGUCUACAUCACAGAGAAUGGUUUCUCUCAGGUGGGGCCGCUGCAAAUUGAGGAUGUCAAGCGUUGUGAGUUUUACAAAGACACCCUCUUGGAAGUGGCUAAAGCUAUUGAAGAUGACGGGGUCAAUGUCCGUGGAUAUUUUGCAUGGUCGCUGUUGGACAACUUUGAAUGGGCCGACGGAUUCAGUGUUCGUUUUGGCUUGUUUCAUGUGGACUUCUCUGAUGCAAAGCUGAGACGAACCAUAUACUGGUCUGGACAGGAGUAUGCAAAGAUUAUCAUGAAAUACAAAAGAGCAAAUGAUGUGCAAUGAUUGAAGAAUAAAAAGAAAAUGUUUCACUUUUUUUUACAAAUUCUUAAUAAACU